GUUUUUGUUUUUGCUUUUAUUUCUCACGGCCGACCUGAUGGCGGAGGCGGAUAGCGGCAGAGGUUCUGAAGGCGGAAGCGUAAGUCAAGUAGAGUCUGAAGCGAGUGCCCUGGGUCGCAGGAGAGGGAAAUGCAAAUGGUUCAACGUGGCCAAAGGGUGGGGGUUUAUCACACCAGACGACGGCAGUCAAGAUGUCUUCGUUCAUCAAAGUGUUAUACAGAUGACUGGCUUCCGUUCACUAGGUGACGAAGAAGAAGUAGAGUUCGAAUGCAAGACGUCAGAAAAGGGCCUGGAGGCCACAAAAGUCACUGGCGUUGGAGGCAUAGACUGCAAAGGGUCCCAUAGAAGACCGAUUUCGAAAAAACGUUCUAGGAAAAUCAGGUGUUAUAACUGCGGCGAAUUUGCUAACCACAUAGCGGCCAAAUGCCAGCUAGGCCCCCAACCGAAACGCUGUCAUAAUUGCAAAAGCGAAGAGCACCUAUUCGCCGAUUGCCCGUUGAAGACAGAAAAAUCCCCUAAAGAACCGGCUGAAAAUGGGGCCAGUGCCAGCGAAAAUGCUGAAAGUACUGGCGGUGGCGUUACCUCUGAAUCCACAACUGCACCUAGCGUGCAAUGACGGGUCGGUAAGGUAGGGAGUUUAUGCCGUGUGUGUUCAAAGUGCGACCUGGCGCCGAUAGAUAGCGCCACGAGUCGAAUUAAGGUUGAUAGAAUUUGUGAAGAAAACCAAAUAAAAGCUGUAAAUCUGGUUUUUAAUAAAUUUCGGAAAGGUUCUGUUACAAGUUCGAUUUAAUUGAUAGUUUUAAGUGGAAUGCGCAGUGUAUCAAAUGUCCAUUAUUCAAAUCAAAAUCAAGAUGAAAUCAUCAACAAAUGAAUGUAACAAUUGAAUAGGGUUGUAUUCAGGAUUUACUAUCUGGACGUCAAUAAAUAUUGUAUCUUCAUCCUUCAUUUCAGGCUUAUUAUCAUUUUUUAAACGUAGGUUUUACAUGUAAAUCUAUGUUUUAUGUAUUUUUUAUUUAUAGACUGGAAUUCUAACUGACAUGCCGCAUGGUAGUUUUUUCAUGAAAAUAUAUUAGCUGCACAUUGAGGGGAGGACGCUAAUAGAGGUUAGAAAAAAUUGAAUCAAUCUCAAGCAUACGUUUCUUUUUUGUUACUAUCUAUACUAAAUCGUGAGAUGUCACAGGUUUUAGCAAUAACGUUUGUUUUCAACUGGAGAGCAUAACUAUAGCGCCACCGACAACUUUCUGCUAUCUUUGGCUCGGUUAGAUUGUAAUUUGAUAUAACUUGCUUAUUCGACCAAAUUGUGUCAUGACAUUAUCACUCAUAUGUUGCUGACAAUAAAACUGAUAGAAAAAAUGCUGGUGUCUCUACCGCGUAUAGCCAAUGGCUUAGAUAGUCACAGCGCACUAACUAGGUACCUACCCAUGUUUUGUAAGUAAAUGGUGCUCUGCUUCCGUUUACACGGUAUCCUGUGCUCUAUAUAAUCUCUUGUCUAUACACGGUGUAAAUACGGCCAAUAUUAAUGUUUUUAGUCCUUUGUAUAUCCAAUAUCUUCAUGAAAAAAAUGAGACUUUUCGGGCAUACGAAAAUUCCGGACACUGAUUAUAUUUUAUUUUUUUACGAUUUACUUAGAAAAUUAGGCAGUAUGAUGAAUUUUGUAACAAUAUCUGUGUGUUUUUGACGUAAAAUUUAGCUAUAGAGAAAUACAUAUCCGACUAAACUUUAAGAUAUGUUGAGUUGAAUUUUGAGCCAUAGAUAUUAGGAGAAAUGGGUGUUAUAAAACAUAUGGCAUAUUUUGCAAACGCUUCAAAAUCUAUAUCUAGGUAGUGAAGAUUAAAAAAUGACAGAAGUAGUACGACACCAUUGUUUUGUGAGACGCAAAUUCAAAAUUUGUAUUUUAUAUUUUAUGUAUUUAUUAUCAGAAAAGAUAUUAUUUAUUUGGUUGCAUUGUUUUAAAUAAUUUGUUUUUAUUUAUUAAAUUAUGGUAAUAUUGACAAAUUUUUGGAAGUGUUUUAUUGCAAGUUUUUUCUUUCUAAUUUUAUCCUCAUGGGUACUCAUAGGAAAUCAUCAUUAUAGAUGCCAGUAAUAGUUGAGAGAAGCUAAAGAUUCAGUUUAUUUUCCACGCUACUCCAAAUUAAGCAUUCAAGUAUAUCCUAAUGUUGACUUGCUGAAAUUACUGGUAAGCUAUAAUUUGGUCGUUUCCUAUGUUGCCUUGAGAGGUUUUUCAAAAGUAACUGGCGGUAUUUUUACGUAGAGUGUGGCUAUUUUGCAACAUUCUUUCAACAUGGCGUCUACUACAACAUAUGGAGUACUUAAAAUGGCACCUAUACGUUAAAAUAAGAACUACAACGUACAACUUAGUCAUAUGGUUCAAAUCAAUCGAAUUUACUUUAUUAUUAGAUUUAAGUUUUUACCUGAACUACAGACCAAAGUAGCAGGUUACUAUACACAUACUUCUACCUCAGAUGUUGGAUAUAUUUAUUAGCAUGUCAUGAUUUGAAAAAUAAGAAAUUUAAUAAAAAAAUUUUACCCCUAGAUACAUCACUUCUCAUUUCUGUGAAAACUCAGUAGGUAUUUACUUUUUUGACAUGCAUGCUAAUAUAUAUAUAUAUUUCCACCUAAUUUUAAGGUUCCUAAUAUAGUGCCACAAACUACAAUAAGGGUAUUGUGUAAAUGUACCUGAAAUAUCAAUGAUAUUUUAGAUUAAUUUUUAUUCAGGCUCAAAUAUGUUCUCUGAUCUACAUUCUUGUUUCUAUAAUUCGGAUAUUUUCUUUUUGAGAAAAACUUUGAUCCUCAACGAAUGCCUACUACAAUAGACUGAUUUACGUAAAACAGAGCUCAGGGAUUCACUCAAGGAGUACAUCGAGUACCUCUGACAAUCGAUUUUGAUCCAGUAUACUUUAUGACAUGGAUCAUAUCAGUUGCAAGAAAUCAUGAUUAAUAUUUAUACCAAAUGUAGUUUUUUAUACCAGAGUAUAUGUAAUAUAAGGUAGUCUGUAUAA